CUAAUUGAAGUACCAUAUUGCCGAAACUGGUUUUGUUUUUGGUGCGAGUUCGAUUGGUAUAAAACCGCCGGUGACUUAUGAUUUUUGCAUCAGUUGUCUGAGAUCCUUCAGUUACAGUUCAGUUCAAUUCAGAUUUUCUUUGAAUUUUCAUUAAAAUGGCUGCUAAGCUCAUCAUCCUUUGCGCUACCCUCGCCUACGCCAGCGCCGGCAACCUCUUGGCCCCAGCACCGCUCAGCUACUCAGCCCCAGCCGUAGCUUAUGGCGCCCCAUCCGUAGCUUAUGGCGCCCCAGCAAUCUCCUACUCCGCCCCGGCGGCCAUCACCUCCCAAUCCUCCAACAUCUACAGAACCGCCGGCAACCUUGGACAGAUCUCCACCUACUCCAAGACCAUCGACACCCCUUACUCCAGCGUAAGCAAAUCUGACGUGAGGAUCUCGAACCCCGGACUGAAAUACGCCGCCGCUCCAGCUCUCGCAUACUCCGCCCCCAUCGCUCAAGCUACUUAUGCCGCCCCCAUUGCUCAGGCCACUUAUGGUGCUCCAAUUGCUCGUGCCGCUUAUGCUUCUCCAAUUGCUCAUGCUGCAUACGCUGCCCCAAUUGCCCAACCAAUCGCUCGUGCAGCUUACGCCGCUCCGGUUGCUCAUGCUACUUAUGGUGCUCCAGUUGCUCAUGCUGCUUAUGCCGCCCCAGCUGCUUAUGCUGCUCAAGCUAGUCCAUUGUUGGGAGUUGCUUACUCUGCUGCCCCCGCUGUCGCUCACGUCAGUUUCAACUCUGGUCUUGCCCAGUACGCUUGGUAAAUGAUGGUUUGUUAAGGAUGUUAUUUUUUGACUGAUAUAUUUGUUUAUUUAUUGUAAUAAAUUGGUUGUGAUUAAUAAAUGUGUUUGUAUAUAUUUGAAUGA